ACCAACUCUACCUUGUCAGGGUCCAAGUUUAACUUGAGAGGUACUGCCGUCAAUUAUGCUGUAUGGGGACUCUCCAAACACCAGCCAGCAUUCUUAAAAGAAACAAGCAGCCAGUCGAGUCUACAGAUCGCAGAGGACUCAGUACUAAGCAGAAUGGAUUCAAGAGCGUUAAUAUCGAUGCUAUUCUUUAGCUUACUGUCAACAGGCUUUUCGACAGAAGUUAAGGCACAUGGGGAUACCAGCGCUGCCUUUGGACAAAAUGCAUCUUUUUUCUGUUACCUGUCGAACCCUGCAGGAGUUUCCCAAGUCACAUGGCAGAAACUGCGAAAAAACGGCGUGGUGGAUGACCUGGCUACGUACAGUACGCGAUUUGGGAAAAAUGAGAUGAAACCAAACGUAAAAUUCCUCGAGGCGUUGCUCAACUCGACCUCAAUUAUUGUGAAUAAUGUCUCCACGGCAGACGAAGGAUGCUACUUCUGCACCUUCCACGUGUAUCCCAGUGGAUCUGUGAGGAAAGAGACCUGUUUGACCGUCCACGGAAUAUCAAACGUGUCAACGAAGCUGAUUCUUAGUAACAAGGAAACGCCGCAAGCCGGGGAUGUUGUCAGCUGCUCGGUCACGGGCAAACCAGCUCCGAAGGUAACAUGGAGCAGACCCGAUUGGCAGGCGAAUGAAUCUGUGGUGUCCAACGAGGACGGCACCGCCACUGUGUCAAUCAACUGGACACUCAGUACGGAAGAUCUUGAGGACAAAUACGUGGACUGCGUGAUUGGCUCCAGACUUGAACGUAUCUAUUUUAGCAAUAACACAGACACCGGUGAGACACUUAAAGACCGUCAUCAUUUAGUGGUAGCUGGAGUCCUGCCGAUUCUGGUUAUCGUGGUCCUGCUUGCACUGUUCAUAGUGUAUCGUCAUGUUGCAAAACGGCAAAAAGGCUGUGCAAGAGGCUUUAUAGAGCGAAGCUGUUGCUACUCUGUGGUGUCAAGUGAAGGAGAGUGCCCAGUCGCGGAGCGAUGUCUGCCUUCGUCCGCAUGCCUUGCUGUAUAGCAGAGGGGGCUCACAUCGCGGAUGGCUGAAGUUACCGUGAUGCUCUUCAUUUCUGGGAUUGAGAAACCAGCGUUUGCCAGCGUGGCUGAAAAGGGGGGCAAGUUAGGACGAUUCCAAUGGCUCCUGUCACUAACAGGACAUAACUGAAUUGGCCCGGUUUGGGGGCCCAUUUUAGUAUGUGUUCAUAUGGCCCAAAACCUCCAAAUGCUGACAUUGUACCUGUCAUUAAAAGUGCUACCUCAGUAAGAGUGAAACUACAAGAAGGAAGGUGUCACCUGAGAAGUCCAACAUGGGCAAAAGAAGCCAGAAAAUCCAGGAACAACCCCACAUCAUUAGCGGGUCACUAUAAGCCUAUCAGUAGCCGUCUUUGCUUUUCCGGUCGCUAAAUGCUACCGGGAAGAGUCAUUAUCAUUGUUUACAGUGCAAUCUGAAUCUGUUAUUUGUGUUUUCACGUUUGUAGGUGUUCUUGAAUACUGUCAUUACUGUGUCAAUGUUUUAAGUCAAAACUAAGCUAUCGCAGAUGUGCUAUUCUUAAAUGUUAUAUGAACAAUGCAAAUGGAUUUGCUUCAUUUAUUUUUAACGAUAUAUUUAUUAUAAAUUUGCUCGGUUGUUUUAAUGACCUUACAAUGUUUACUGUUACAAUUCCCUGCUUCAGUGUUACUUUAAUGUACACUGUUAGACGAAAGGGUGCAACCCUGCCACAGUUUGCUACCCCAAGACACAAACAAUAUUAAUGUACCCACAUUGGUACCAAAAUAUUCCUCAGAGUCCAUUUCUGUACGUUAAAAGGUACAUUUACCUACAGCUAGGGUGCAAAUGGCAGUCCGUUGAGGAUACAGUCCCAGUGACAAGUAAUUAUGCCCUCAGAGAUAGAGAUUGGUACUUUUUUUCUGAUAGUAUAUGUGAAAUGUACCUGAAAUGUUUUUUGUACACAAGCAAAGAUAAGGCACUUUAUAAAUACGUCCGGUUUUGUUCGUGAAUCUGAAAAUAACUCUACCUUGUAUGCAAUGUGUGUUUUAUGGCUUUAUUUCAUUAUCAGUGUUUGUAUUAUUAACAUAUUAUAUUGUAUUCCAGAGUAUAACUUAUAUGCAUACAACAUAACUUAUUGGCAUUUAGAUAUGGAAUGUAUAAACAUACCAGUGUUCAUAUUAAAUAAAUUGUGAGUUCACAUAAUGGUGAUUAUUCCACUUGAAUGCUUUGUAUAUAUUUGGGCUGGGCAAAUUAUGACUUUCCCCUUUGAGUUGCUGCCAUGAAUUGAUGAAACCUCAUGUCUGACUAAUGCAAAUGAGCUAUCUUGCACGUGUGUAUGGCUUUUAAAUAAAUGUUGAAUAUGAACUUGAAUAUGAACGCCCCGCUCCG